AUGCCGGCAGCGAAGAGAUAUUGGGUCAAAGUUAAUGUUCCCUCUACGUUCUUAACUAAGUUACCGUAUUUCGCUCCUCCAAUCUCCAAGACUAGAGCCAAGAAGAUCUCUAUUGAAGAGAAAAAGUCAGCACUUAAUUCGGCAAAUACUUCAAAGGUAUCGUCCCCAACGCCUGGAGACGUGAAUGGACAAAACCAGCAGAAUUCAAAGAUAAAUUCGGGGUUGAAGGAGUCCUCAACGUCUGGUUUGACUAUGAACAGUAUAAAUAAUGAUCUUUACGCUCUAGAUAGAACAGGGAAGCCUUCUAAGAGAUGGGUAAAAAGAUCAGCUCAAUUCAAAAACUUCACUGGAUUUAAGAUAAAGUAUGUUAGGUGGAAGCAGAAGGAGAUCAGAGAGCCCCGAGAGCCCAAGGAGCCGAAGGAGGGAAAAGAAAGCAAGUCUCGUAGCAAAGCAGCUAUUGCAGAGCAGCGAAAACUAUCCAACGCCGGACAAAACUCAGCUAAUCAAGAAAUCAAAACUGAAUCAUAG